GGAAAUGGCGGACCCAGGUUCUAUUGAUGACUUGCUAUCAUCUGAAAUCGAUGAAACAGCAGUGAGCGCGUUAGUUGGGUCCCUAGAAUCCCAGUUAGCUUCACCAACAAAUAAGGAACCACCGAAGACAAUAUCAGACGCCUCCGUCAACAAUAAUCAUAUUGGUACAUCAUCCACCAAUGUAACUUCCACAAACCCCAGUUUUGUAGCAAACUCGACGACAAGUGCCGGACAGAAAGGUUUGCCAAUUCAUAACAACACUGCCCUGAAUGCUUCCUUUGGUCCCACUUCAAAAUCGAAUCUUUCAGAAAAUCAGAUUCUUGGAAUUGCCUCUAUUAUAAACUCUUCCCCAGUCCCUGCAACCACCGGAGGGGUUUCCCUGCUGAAUGUAAACACUGUCAAUAGCAAGGCUGCUAAUCCGUCUCAUAUACGGAUUAUUACACAACCCCAAAAUAAUGCAAUCAACCCAACAAACACAACUGUUGUACAUAUACCAGCUUCCAAUACAGGAUCGUUUAUGAAUAGUAUAGGCAACAGCAAUGUCAAUUCUGUUACUACAAGUGUACAUGGAACAAGUGGCUUGAGUGCCACCAGAGACAACUCUGCAGCAAGCAAUGCUAUUUACAAUUUAGCCACAAUUGCUGCUGAACAGAAGCCUAUUUCAGUAGCCCAAAAUGGGAGUCCUCAUCAGCAGACUGUACAGAACAUCCACAGAGGUAAAGAUCCAUCUGUGUCAUCGUCUCAGCCUUUCUUAAUGAAACAGGAGCCAGGAAAUGUUGCAGUGAAACAGGAAAACAACCCAAGCUCACCCUAUAUAAUAAAGCAGGAGGUGAAACAGGAGUCUAUGAACAUGCAGACUAUUCAUUUGAAUGUGCCAGGUACACAUUCAGACAGUUCCAUGCCCUGGAGGAGCCCAUUUAAGUGGUGCAGGUGGAAUAUGCACAAUGUGUCGAUAUCAAAUAUUAAGGGCAAUGCUAGUCCAAGUGUGAUCACAGUGCGGACACAACAUCAACCCCAACAACAUGUGACGGUGGUUCGACCGUCUGUGGUGUCCACUCAAGGGACAAGUGGGGGACCUGUACAAAUUGUGAAUGUUAAUGCAUCAGGUACCCGCACUACGGGCAUGUCUAAAGGGGGUCAAAGGAUGUCCAAUCCUAUCCGAAUCGCAGCACAACAUCCCCAGCAGAUCAGCAUUGCACCUCGGCAGCAAUCAGCGAAUACAAUAACAUUACAGCCUGGUGGAUUCCAAUUGCAACCGGGGACGCUCCUGGUGAAGAAUGAACAGGGACAGCUGAUGUUGAUGUCCACGACGGGGCAGGGAGCUGUGCCGGGGUCGCAGUCCAUCGUCACUACGGUGCCAACAUCAACCAAUAAGUUACAGAAUGUCAGGCCUAUAACAACACAGGGACGUUCUGGUACUGUUCAAACGUACGUUACAAUCCAGCCACCUGUAGGUCAAGGUCGUGGGCAGCCUACUGUUCUCCAGCAGACUGGUGCUACCAUGCCUGUAGUCAACACUCAUCUUCCCAGUACUGCUCCCAACACAGUACAGGUUCCAGGGUCAAUUGGGCAGCCACAAGCAGCAGUAUCUGGGGGUGGGGCAGCAGCAGCAGCAGCAGGGGUGGCACCACACGGUCCAGCCUCUCAACCAAUGGAAAAUGUGAAGAAAUGUAAAAACUUUCUAUCAACCCUCAUCAAACUGGCCUCGAGUCAGCCACCACAGACGGUCCGGAAUGUCCGUGAACUUAUACAAGGCCUCAUUGAUGAUCGGGUGCAGCCAGAGAUGUUCACAGCAAGGUUACAAGAAGAGUUGAAAUCUUCACCACAGCCGUACCUUAUUCCGUUUUUGAAAAAAAGUCUCCCACUGUUGCGUCAGUGUCUUAUAUCCAACAAGAUGACAAUAGAAGGAGUGACGGCGCCCAAGGGGAAAGUAAUACAGCAGCAUGUACCAGCAGUACAAACUCAACAAGCCAUACAGCCCAACCUGCCUGUCCAACAUCUGCAGCAGCAAGCCUCAAAUACUCUUGGAUAUGGGGGAGGGACACCUCAAAAUCCCAAUGUCCAGUACCGGUUGUCAAAUAAAGGUCCUCCCCUGAAUGCGCUGCCCCAGCCUGUUCAGUCAUUAGUCCGCAACAAGCAGGGAGUCACGUCCUCCGCCCAUGGAGCCAUGCCAACCACUGUCAGUGCCUUGCAGGCUCACAUGGGAACAAGCAAGAGUGAAUCUUCACAUAAAGAGAAGAGAAAGUUUGAAUCUCUCAAAGAUGAUGAUGACAUCAACGAUGUAGCUACCAUGGGAGGUGUCAACUUAACAGAAGAAUCCAAAAAUAUAUUAGCUACCAAUGCAGAAUUUAUUGGAACACAAAUACGGUCUUGUAAAGACGAAACGUUUCUUUAUCAUGGGCCAUUACUGAGUAGGAUACAUGCAGUAGCUAAAAAACAUGGUGUGGAAGAAAUAGCAUCAGAUGUAGUGAAUAUUAUUUCCCAUGCAACACAAGAGAGACUUAGGAAUAUGGUAGAGCGAUUGUCCACAAUAGCAGAACAUAGAAUAGAAAUUUACAAGAUGGACCCAAGGUACGAGGUUACGAAAGAUAUAAAAUCUCAGUUAAGUUUUUUACAAGAAUUAGACAAGUUAGAAAAGAAGCGGCAUGAAGAGCAAGAGAGAGAGAUACUGUUACGAGCAAUAAAGAGUCGGUCCAAAAAUGAAGAUCCAGAGCAGAUGAAAUUGAAACAAAAAGCCAAAGAGUUUCAGCUACAGGAGAUCGAGGCCAUGAGGCAGAAAGAAGCUAACCAGACUGCUCUACUUGCCAUCGGUCCACGCAAGAAGCGGAAAACAGAGUCAGCCGAUCAGGGGCAAGGGGCGGGAUCCAGCAGCAGCUCUCUCAGCAACGGUUUAGGUUCGUCAUCAGUCAGGCCUUCAAUGUCAAGGCCCAGAAUAAAGCGAGUGAAUCUCAGGGACUUGAUGUUCUUGUUGGAGCAAGAACGGUCGUCCACAAAGUCCAACAUCCUCUAUAAAGCAUUCCUAAAGUGAGUCUGUCCCUGGAGGGCUGACUGGACUAACUUUCUGGCUGUGAUCCUGAGGGAGUUGUCUCCCCCUGCUAGUGACACCGCAGGUUUACCUGCAACGUGACCUCAGUAGUGCUAUGCCGCUGGAACGGGCGGGCGGGCGGAGGGUGGGCAGGCAGGCGGGGCCCUGACAGUCACCACUAUGUGAUAAAGGUGGGACGUGAUUCAAGGGAGUUGACCACAAACUCCAAGAUCAGGAGCAGUGUUUACAGAAUGGUUGAUCAGACUCGAAGUCUGAUGUCUGAGACAAAGCAGUAACUGAAGCUCUGUGGAGACUUGUUGUUUCUGGGAGUGAUAUUGUGACCACUGUUCUUUCCGUGUUUGUCGGCAGACAGAAAUGUAUGUAAAGAUGUUUGACACUUUGAGAGGUGACAAUAAAACUUCGAUAUAUAAAACUGUUGCUGAGCAACCUAGACACUAAUAUGUCUGCAUUCACUGUGUCUUUAAGGAAGGAUUUAAAUCAUGGGCAGUGCACAAAUACCUGGAAACUCUUCAUUGACCAUGGUACGACUACCACUUGGAUGAUAUAUUAAUAUGACUAUCAAAUGGUGGUAACCUAGCACCAAGCAGGGUGUGACAGCGACCACUGUACUUAUAUAAAGGCAGCAUCUGUGUCAGCUAGCACCCACCUGAAUAACUUCUGCCUCGUGUGGUGAACUGUAGGCAGUGGUGGGCCUACCAUCAGUCCCACAUUCAGUAUUGUGAGUAGGAAGGCAGUGAAGGAGGAGCACAUGAGAAUCAUAAUAUCGGACUCAUUUAUUGACGCCAUACACAGCCUUGAGACACACACACUGUGUGGAGUAAGAUCUGGAUACAAGUGCUGUAUUGUCACUGCCAGUUGCAUAGAAUCACAUCAAUUCAUUCGUCAUGUUCCUUCGCGAGGAGAAUGCCUGAGACACUUCAGUUUGGUUGCUAUGUAACCAAUCGGGAACACCAGGUCAGGAUAUUGAAGGCUCAUCUCUGCUCAGGGCAUGUCACUCUUGACCUGAAAUCUUUCUGGUCAACAUCUCUAAAUAAUCAUAUACUCGGAGAAAGGCUACUUUACCUCAAUUUCUGAUACAGGUUUACAGUCAAUUUAAUUUACAGUUUAUGGUCAGAGGAGCAAAUCGGAACUUCCUUGAAUAUUAUUUUUUGGAUCAUUGCUGUUUGGGCUGAACAGGAGACUGAAUAUGACAUGGCAAUUGGCAUCACUGUCUUGAGUAACCAUGGUGACAGAAGUGACUGGUUCUCAGUGUGCUCUACAGGUGGCUCCGGAGAUGAGAUCAAGCAAUACUGACAAUAUCACACCUACUGUGCAAGGGCACACAUCUAUCACAUUGUGAUACAUUGAUUGUAUGUUUCAAUUAAUUUAUUUUCCUUUUGUAGGCUGGAGUAUUAUCAUCUGACAUAAUAGUGAUUGGGAGGAGCAGAUAUUCUGUAGUAUAGUGACUCGAAUGGAGGAAAUGUACAAUUCAUGGAGCGCUAAGGGCUGGUAGCAGUGAAUCUCUUCUCAUAAGAUUUGUAAUGAUAUGUAAAGACAAGAUGUGUAUUGUGGAAUGGAAACCUGUUUUUUCUAAUAUGAAAUAAAAAAGAUCAAUAUAACAUGUUA